AUGGGCUGUAGCUCAAUGAAAGCUCCAAGGAAAGGUUCACUUUCUAUUCCAAAAAAUGGCAUACUAAAAAAGCCUAGUCCAAAUUAAUCAUGCCAAUUGGAUUUAAUAGUCAUUAAAAAAAAGACUUUGAGUUUUUAGGUUUCAUCAACAAAUUCCUAUGAUUUAUCAAGAAAGACCCUACAUACGAGACAGAUAAUCUCAGAAUGAUAGGCGAAGAUUACACUUUGAUUAUAUUUUGUUUAUAUAUGUAUUGUGUGCCAAUAUAAUUUUAUAUGUUAAAGAUUGGCACUCAAAGCCAAGAUAGUCUAUAAAUAAACUAUAUGGACCCCUUAAAAUUUGGAUUUUUAAAUAAAAAAAGGUGCAAAGAUAUAUUAAUGGCCAGACUAGUAUGA